CCGGGGCCGCUCCUCGCCCGACACCGGCUGCGGCCACGGUGUGACUGCGGCACGUCCCAUUCCGCCUCUCACACGCCCCCUCUGUUCUCUCCACCCGGGAAGGGCGAAGGCGGCGGCGCUGCCUGGCUAUGCUGGUCAGCGAGAGAGUGAAGCGCCUUUUGAAGUUGGUGCCCGGGCAGCGGCGCUUUGGCUUUUACAGGUUCCUGCCCUUCUUCUUCGUGCUCGGCGGAGCCAUGGAGUGGUUCAUGAUCAACGUCCGCGUCGGCGGAGAGACCUUCUAUGAUGUUUACCGUAGGAAAAGAUCUGAAAGACUGUAUGAGGCAAGGAUGGAGAAAGGGGAAUUUUAGCUGAAUCUCUUCCAAGGGGGAGCUCCUGAGUGCUUCAACUGUACACGUGCCAAAACAGCAGCAGUGCCACGUUGACAGUGGUGGAAGAUGUUGGCUGUGCAACAUGAACUGCGAUCCACACGUUUGUGUAAUACACUCAGAUGGUUUGGGCGGUUUUGUUCUUCCAUAUCUGUAAUAUUUGUAUUUAAAUGAAGUGAAAAAUUCAUUCUAUUUGGGCCUCUGUCACUAAUUUAAUGUUUGCUUAGUGCUUUUAAAUAAACUAAACUGAGCAAACAGUC